AUGUUGUAUCUGAAACUUAUAGUCAUCACCGGGCUCGCCACAUUGGCCGCCAGCCACAGCCUAAGCCCCCGAUCCGGCGACCCGUCCAACAGUGCCGGAAAGGGAUACUCCAGCCAAAGCAUCUGUACAACAUAUGCGAAUCUCUCUACAUACGCCGCUGCGAAGUUGGCUUGGGAUAGUACGGGGGCCGGUCAGUGGCUGAGCUCUGAGCUGGCAGCUGGUGGCGAGCUAGGCUGGCUAGGCACCGCGGAGAGAAAGGUGUUCCCUGAGUAUGGGCCGAGCAACUUGGACGGCUGUCUCAUCGCCGGCGGCGACUGCACCCCCGACCCCAACUGUACCCUAUAUAUGCAGAGAAACCAGGGCCCGGCAUUCUACGUUCUCAGCGCUGUGCAAGGCCUCAACGGCAAGAUGACGUAUAUCCGCGACUCCUUCCAAGACGGGAGCAUCAUAGCCGGGAUCAACGUUGCCGCCAUCGCGCAGAGCUUCAAAACCGACCUCACCGGCGACCAGAACACGCUGAAAUAUGUCGGUGCGGCUUUCUCGACCCUCGGAGGCGCGUUGACCGCCGCGCAGGUAAACCCCGAAGCCAGGGGCGCCAUGGGCAUCCUCGGUGGCCUCUUCAGCGCUGCGGGGGUGCCUAACCAGUCGUACGCGCCCUCCGGCACGGCGAUGACAAACUGGCUAUCGGCGGCAUUCCAGGCCACAGCCCAGAAGGUCGAUGACAUCUUGACCACGGCGCUAGGAGGCCAGGGGAACACGAGCACGUUGCCCAAGAUCGCCACCACUUACAAUACGAACGUGGCCAAUUUCUUCGCGGAGGGUGUAUGGCUCGUCGACGAUGUAAACCAAGUAUUUCGCGAUGCCGUUGCCAACGGCAAGACGCUAUUUAAUAAGAAGCUGGUCGAUUUCGCACUUGACAGCCUCGGAGCCCGUCUCAUUGCCGAUACCGACAUCCUAACGGCGGAGGACUGCACCGGGACCGGCCACCUCUGGCUGGAUGCCAAGGGCACCAACUAUUGUUUCUACCUCACCAGGUUGGUAGGAAAGCGCAAUUCCGUUACAGACUGCAGCGGGGAACUUCUGGACUGUGAGCAUGCGGACUGGAUAAAGGAGGUCGGCGCCGCAUUUUAUGGCAAGUUAACCACGCAGGGACUUGGACUUGAGGUGUACUACAAAGCACUCAUCGACUGUUCCAUCAACGGGAGCCCCGAGAUCAAUAUCGACAGCCUACCGACCGACGGCAGCACGCCUCGAUGCUUUUUCAACCUUCCUGCGAAAAAGAUCAAAUGGAAAGAUCGUCUGCUGGGGCUCUUGGUAAGCAACUCGCUGACUACGGAGGCGUGGUGA